CUUCACGCAGCGACUAGCGAAAUCAGGUAGAGAAAAACAUGUGGAUUCACAAAAUGUAUCUACUUGUUGAUCUUUCCUUUAAAAAAGGUACAGAUAGGAUGGACGGGAUAGUGAUAUAGAUAAUGUACGGCUCCCUGUUGAAACAUGUCUGGGAAAGACAGGGAUAAUUCAGAGGAAAGGAUUGAACUUGGGGUAGGCGAUCCACGGAAUAGUAAACCAGUGAUGUUAUUCCCAUUUUUCAUCUCCAUUUGAUGAGUGUUUUUCAAAUUUCCCCUCCUUUAUGAGUCUGCUAAAACGAAGCUGCCAGAAUGGAGGAAAGCAAACACAAAUGUAGACGCUAAUUCAGCACCCUCAUCCUGUCUUCUGGACUGACUGAAUUCAUUCUGAAAUGGAAAAAUCCUCCGUAGGGAUGAAUAAAUCGGGCUUCCGAUCGACAUCCUCGCUGCCCCCUGAGCCGGUGGAUAUCAUACGGAGCAAGACUUGCUACCGCCGAGUAAGGCUCAAUGUCGGGGGUCUUCCACACGAAGUCUUGUGGAGAACGCUGGACAGGUUACCCCGAACGCGACUGGGGAAAUUAAAAGAUUGCAACACUCACGACUCGCUAAUGGACAUAUGCGAUGACUACAAUUUAGAGGAUAACGAGUACUUUUUUGACAGACACCCGGGGGCGUUCACUUCUAUCCUGAAUUUUUACCGCACAGGAAAGUUACACAUGAUGGAGGAGAUGUGCGCGUUAUCUUUCAGUCAAGAACUGGACUACUGGGGAGUUGAUGAGAUUUAUCUGGAAUCGUGCUGCCAAGCUCGGUAUCAUCAGAAAAAGGAACAAAUGAACGAGGAGCUUAAACGCGAAGCCGAUACAUUGAAGGAAAGGGAAGGCGAGGAAUUUGAUAACACGUGUUGUGCAGAAAAAAGAAAGAAACUUUGGGAUCUUCUAGAAAAGCCAAGUUCGUCAGUUGCAGCCAAGAUCCUGGCCAUCAUAUCUAUUCUGUUCAUCGUGCUGUCGACCAUCGCCUUGUCCCUGAACACGCUGCCGGAGCUGCAGGACACGGACGAGUUCGGGCAGACGACGGACAACCCCCAGCUGGCCCACGUGGAGGCGGUGUGCAUCGCCUGGUUCACCAUGGAGUACCUGCUGCGCUUCCUCUCCUCGCCCAACAAGUGGAAGUUCUUCAAGGGCCCGCUGAACGUCAUCGACCUGCUGGCCAUCCUGCCCUACUACGUCACCAUCUUCCUGACCGAGUCCAACAAGAGCGUGCUGCAGUUCCAGAACGUGCGGCGGGUGGUGCAGAUCUUUCGCAUCAUGCGCAUCCUGCGCAUCCUCAAGCUGGCGCGCCACUCCACGGGGCUGCAGUCGCUGGGCUUCACCCUGCGGCGCAGCUACAACGAGCUGGGCCUGCUCAUCCUCUUCCUGGCCAUGGGCAUCAUGAUCUUCUCCAGCCUGGUCUUCUUCGCCGAGAAGGACGAGGACGACACCAAGUUCAAGAGCAUCCCGGCCUCCUUUUGGUGGGCCACCAUCACCAUGACAACAGUGGGCUAUGGCGACAUCUACCCAAAGACUCUGCUGGGGAAGAUUGUGGGCGGCUUGUGCUGCAUUGCCGGGGUGCUAGUGAUCGCCCUGCCCAUCCCCAUCAUCGUCAACAACUUCUCCGAAUUCUAUAAGGAGCAGAAGAGGCAGGAGAAGGCCAUCAAGCGCAGGGAAGCCCUGGAAAGGGCCAAGCGCAACGGCAGCAUCGUAUCCAUGAACAUGAAGGACGCCUUCGCUCGCAGCGUUGAGCUGAUGGACGUGGUGGUCGAGAAGGGCGGGGAGAACGCGGGGAGGAAGGAGAAGGUGCAGGACAACCACCUUUCACCCAACCGCUGGAAAUGGACACCCAAACACACAGCCUCGGAGACCAGCUCCAACAAGUCUUUCAACGUCAACGAGCAGGGUUCUCCCAACGAGGCCCGGACGUCCAGCCCUCAGCACCUCAAUGUGCAGAAGCUGGAGGAAAUGUACAGCAAAAUGGCCAAGACCCAGUCCCAGCCCAACCUCAACACCAAAGAGAGAGGACUGUCCUCGAAAGGCAAGCACAGGGACGAGAUCGAGAUGGGCAGCAUCGUGGGGCCCGUGGACCCCCUGCUGGCCACGCACGAGGGCGUGGUGGACAUGAAGAGCCUGUCCAGCAUCGACAGCUACAUCAGCUGCGCCACCGACUUCCCAGAGAGCACCCGCUUCCCGCACAGCCCUGUGGCCAGCGUCCCCACGAGGGUGAGCGCUAACCCCGGCCUGCAGACCACGCUGGAGCACGAGCCCAUGCUGACGCCGCACUCAGUCUCCAGGCAGCCCGGGCGCAGCUCCGUCCUGGAGAUCAGCUCCAACCCGGAGGGCUCCCGGCACAGCUUCUUCUCCGACAGCCCGCGAGGCCUGCGCUUCAGCAACCCGCUCAAGUCGCACUCGCUCAAGGUCAACUUCCGGGGCGGGGAGGCGGGCACCUCCUCCUCCGCCGCACACGUGGGCGGCGCCCCUCUGUCGGACAGCUCUGCCUUCUCCGACCGCUCCCUCCUGAGCCCUGAGGUGUCGGUCUACACCACGGCCAGCAGCAAAACCCCUCCGAAGUCCCCCGAGAGCCUCAGCCUGAUGCCCGCGGUCUUCACAUUCCACGAUGCGUCCAUCAGCAAGUACAUCGAUGCCGACACAGACGACGAGGACCAUCUCCAGGACUGCUCUAGCACCAGCCCCUCCAAGCGCCUGCUGGACAACAGCAGCCCCAAGUUCAACAUCAACGCCGGCUACCAGCGGGGGGCCAACCACCUGGAGAUGUCUCAGCGAAUGCUGGGCCAGAACUGCGUGUUCCCCCUGGGGAGCGGGCAGGAGAACCACGUAACGCAAGAGCUGCGCAUGCCUCAGGGUGAGAGAAGCCGCUCCAGCACCUACGACGACAGCAUUUGAGCCAGGGAGGCCCGUGGAUCAGAGCGGGGAGCUGGGACAGAAGGGGGGUGAGUGAGUAACACUGGUGGAAAAAAAAAAAAACAACAUGCCAAGAGCUUUGCACAACGGCGUUACAAACUUCUGACCAAGCCAUUGACAUGAACAAAAAGGUUCUAAAUAACAUCUGCAGGUUCAUUUAAGAGAGGUGUUGCUGAAGACUCUGCCAAGUGAGACUUGUGAGAAGGAACCGCUUCUCCCCUCCCUCCCGUUUUCCCGCCUGUCAAACAGA